GAGUGGCAACGCCACUCCUGAGCCCUUGCUGUUUACAAAAAUCACGGUCGACUUUUUCGGCAAUUUCAAUUUAACUGCGCAACAAGUGGCCGCGUUAAAGCAGGCGCAAGGAGCCAGGUCAACCGGACACCGAUCCCAAAAUGCCGGACAUAAAGAUAACGCCACUGGGCGCCGGCCAGGAUGUGGGCCGCAGCUGCCUGCUGCUCUCGAUGGGCGGCAAGAACAUAAUGCUCGACUGCGGAAUGCAUAUGGGCUAUAACGACGAGCGCCGCUUCCCCGACUUCUCCUACAUUGUGCCGGAGGGCCCGAUCACCAGCCACAUUGACUGCGUGAUCAUCUCGCACUUCCACCUGGAUCACUGCGGCGCCUUGCCCUACAUGUCCGAGAUUGUGGGCUAUACGGGACCCAUCUAUAUGACGCACCCGACCAAGGCCAUAGCGCCCAUCCUGCUGGAGGACAUGCGUAAGGUGGCCGUGGAGCGGAAGGGCGAGUCCAACUUCUUCACCACCCAGAUGAUCAAGGACUGCAUGAAGAAGGUGAUACCCGUCACUCUCCACCAGAGCAUGAUGGUGGACACAGAUCUGGAGAUUAAGGCGUACUACGCCGGUCAUGUUUUGGGUGCCGCCAUGUUCUGGAUCAAGGUGGGCUCCCAGAGCGUUGUCUACACGGGCGAUUAUAACAUGACGCCGGACAGGCAUCUGGGUGCAGCCUGGAUAGACAAGUGCCGGCCAGAUCUGCUGAUCUCCGAGAGCACCUACGCCACCACCAUCAGGGACUCGAAGCGGUGCCGCGAAAGGGACUUCCUCAAGAAGGUUCACGAGUGCGUGGCCAAGGGCGGCAAGGUUUUGAUCCCCGUCUUCGCCCUGGGUCGCGCCCAGGAGCUUUGCAUCCUGCUGGAGACCUACUGGGAGCGCAUGAACCUCAAGUACCCCAUCUAUUUUGCUCUCGGCCUCACCGAGAAGGCCAACACCUACUACAAAAUGUUCAUCACCUGGACGAAUCAGAAGAUCCGCAAGACAUUUGUCCACCGCAACAUGUUCGACUUUAAGCACAUAAAGCCGUUUGAUAAGGCCUACAUCGACAAUCCCGGAGCCAUGGUGGUGUUUGCCACGCCGGGAAUGCUGCACGCGGGUCUCUCCCUGCAGAUCUUCAAGAAGUGGGCACCCAACGAGAACAACAUGGUGAUUAUGCCAGGCUAUUGCGUGCAGGGCACAGUGGGCAACAAGAUCCUGGGUGGCGCCAAGAAGGUGGAGUUCGAGAACCGCCAGGUGGUGGAGGUCAAGAUGGCCGUAGAGUACAUGAGCUUUUCAGCCCAUGCCGAUGCCAAAGGCAUCAUGCAGCUAAUUCAGAACUGUGAGCCAAAGAACGUUAUGCUCGUCCACGGCGAAGCCGAAAAGAUGAAGUUCCUGCGCUCAAAGAUCAAGGACGAAUUCAACCUGGAGACCUACAUGCCGGCCAAUGGAGAGACCUGUGUGAUCUCCACUCCCGUCAAAAUCCCCGUCGAUGCCUCUGUUUCCCUGCUAAAAGCCGAGGCCCGCUCCUAUAAUGCCCAACCGCCGGAUCCCAAGCGCAGGCGACUUAUUCACGGCGUCCUCGUGAUGAAGGACAAUCGAAUAAUGCUGCAAAACCUGACCGAUGCCCUCAAGGAGAUCGGAAUCAACCGGCAUGUGAUGCGAUUUACGUCCAAAGUCAAGAUGGACGAUCCUGGCCCCAUGAUCCGCACCAGCGAAAGGCUCAAGACUCUGCUCGAAGAAAAACUGGCCGGCUGGACGGUGACAAUGCAAGAGAACGGCUCCAUAGCCAUCGAGUCCGUGGAGGUGAAGGUGGAGGAGGACGAGAAGGAUCCCAAGCAGAAGACCAUUUUGAUAUCCUGGACCAACCAGGACGAGGAUAUCGGAGCCUACAUACUAAAUGUGCUCCAGAACAUGUGCUAGGCUAGGCAACGUAAAAGCAUCCCAAUGAAAUCCCAUGCCUUAAUUCCAUAGAUAAGCACAAAGUGUAGAUACCAAUUUCUGAAAUUUUUGAAUGUCGGUCAAAAUAUACGUAAAUAAUCCAAAAAA